AUGAUGUGGGUGUCGACGUUCUCGCGUCCAGACGUCUCGUUCGCCGUGCGUGUGGUAGCGCGCCACGCCCACGCCCCGGCGAAGCGGCACUGGGAUGCCAUACAGAAGAUCCUCGGCUACCUGAAAGGGACGAGGGACCUCGGCAUCACCUACCAACGGGGAUCGGGGUUAGGGCUGGCCGUGUACGUAGACGCUAGCUACGCCGACACGGAGGAUAAGCGUUCGGUGUCAGGGUUGGCGACGACGGUUGGAGGUACCGUAGUCAGCCAUGGUAUCAAGACACAGAGCACCGUGUCUCUGUCUUCGACGGAAGCCAAGUACAUUGCUGCCGGGGAGGGCGUCAAGGAGGCGUUGGGUAGCAGCAUCCAGGUCCUUGAGGACAACCAGGGGGCCAUAGCGUUGGUGCAGAACCCCCUCGGCUCAGGUCGCACGAAACACAUCGAGGUGAGGUUCCAUUUCAUCCGCGGAUUGUUUAGGUCGGGGGAUAUUUCCGUCAAGUUCGUUCCAACAACGGAGCAACACGCGGACCUCCUAACCAAGGCCCUUAGCAGGGCCAGUCUGCAGUACCACCGGCGCAAGUUGAUGAAUUUGCCGGAGUAGCUGCAGCAGUUUCUAGCACUUGGGAGAGGCCAUGUUUUCCAUGCGGGGAAAGGCGCAUAACUGUUGCGGUCUGUGAACCAAUGGCAGGAGUAGGGGGCGUUGGGAGAUCAUCGUCCGGGGGAACGUAGUUCCUCGCGUUCUUGUCUUCGCCUUGGCCUUUCUAUGAAGUGCGGCCGUUGUGAUCCGCUGUGAUAGCGACGGUUUUUGUGGUGGUAGUGUUUUUUGUUUUUUCGAGGGGUUUUGCCCGGACG